AUUAUUUUCUCUUACCAGGAGGCAGGCGGAAGUCAUCAUAAAGUUUCUGUUUCACCCGUUGUCCAUGUUCGAGGACUCUGUGAAUCUGUGGUGGAAGCAGACCUUGUGGAGGCUCUGGAAAAAUUUGGGACAAUAUGCUAUGUGAUGAUGAUGCCAUUUAAACGGCAGGCUCUAGUGGAAUUUGAGAACAUAGAUAGUGCCAAAGAAUGUGUGACGUUUGCUGCAGAUGAACCUGUGUACAUUGCUGGGCAACAGGCUUUUUUCAACUACUCUACAAGCAAAAGGAUCACUCGGCCAGGAAAUACUGAUGAUCCAUCAGGAGGCAACAAAGUUCUUCUAUUAUCAAUUCAGAAUCCUCUUUAUCCAAUUACAGUGGAUGUUUUAUAUACUGUAUGCAACCCUGUUGGAAAAGUGCAACGUAUCGUUAUAUUCAAGAGAAAUGGGAUACAAGCAAUGGUUGAGUUUGAAUCAGUCCUUUGUGCCCAGAAAGCUAAAGCAGCACUCAAUGGAGCAGAUAUCUAUGCUGGAUGUUGUACACUAAAAAUCGAAUAUGCAAGGCCAACUCGUCUAAAUGUUAUUAGGAAUGACAAUGACAGUUGGGACUACACUAAACCAUAUUUGGGAAGACGAGAUAGAGGAAAGGGUCGCCAGAGACAAGCCAUUUUGGGAGAACACCCUUCUUCGUUUAGACAUGAUGGCUAUGGAUCGCAUGGCCCAUUAUUGCCUUUACCAAGUCGUUACAGAAUGGGCUCUCGAGAUACACCUGAGCUUGUUGCGUAUCCAUUACCGCAGGCUUCUUCCUCUUAUAUGCAUGGAGGAAAUCCCUCUGGCUCAGUUGUAAUGGUUAGUGGAUUACAUCCACUGAAAAUGAAUUGUUCAAGAGUCUUCAACCUAUUCUGCUUAUAUGGAAAUAUUGAAAAGGUAAAGUUCAUGAAGACCAUUCCUGGUACAGCACUGGUAGAAAUGGGCGACGAGUAUGCGGUGGAAAGAGCUGUCACACACCUCAACAAUGUCAAGCUAUUUGGGAAAAGACUUAAUGUUUGUGUGUCUAAGCAACAUUCAGUUGUUCCAAGUCAAAUAUUUGAGCUGGAGGAUGGUACGAGUAGCUACAAGGACUUUGCAAUGAGCAAGAAUAAUCGCUUUACAAGUGCUGGCCAAGCAUCUAAGAAUAUAAUCCAGCCGCCCUCGUGUGUGCUGCAUUAUUAUAAUGUCCCACUGUGUGUCACAGAAGAGACCUUCACAAAGUUGUGUAAUGACCAUGACGUUCUUACAUUCAUCAAAUAUAAAGUGUUUGAUGCAAAACCUUCUGCCAAAACGCUCUCCGGGCUGUUGGAAUGGGAAUGCAAAACUGACGCCGUAGAAGCCCUUACAGCACUCAAUCACUACCAGAUAAGGGUUCCAAAUGGUUCCAAUCCCUACACGUUGAAGCUUUGCUUUUCUACAUCGUCCCAUUUAUAAGAAGAAAGAGCAUGUUAGAACUUACGUUCACAUUUAUUACAAUUUUAAAGCUAUUCUUCAUUUUAAAAAUCUAAAAAUCGGAUGUUGCCUUGCUUACUUUGACUUAAGAUCCUGUUCUGUAAUAAAUAUUUUGCCUUGAGUAAAUUUGUUGUAAACUACAUACUGAAUUGUUUUCAUUUUAAAAUAGAAUGUCAUAAUGUAGACUAUCUACAGCUUCCCUGUAGAUUACUCAAAUAUAUCAUUUCUAAUCUUAUUAUUUUUCUUCCACAGUGAAAAUAUAUUUGCAUUCUUGAUGCUAAUUAUCUGCAAGUAUUUUUCCAUUGUGUAUGAGAUUGACGCAGGUGGAAGGAUUGCAUUUUAAUACUAUAGAAUUCCUAUUAAAUGUUUAGAUGUUUUAAGUAUGUUGCAGUUAUUCAUAGUAAACAUAACUUGUAUUUAUUAAGUAUUUUAAUCAAGUUUGAGAAUAAUGUUACACAUAUUAAAUUUUAAGUACUACAGAUUUAGCUGAUUUUAUAUUUCUGAAAAGCUAACCGACAUGGUACAGUGUACAGUAUGCACUCAGACUUAUUUAAAUUGGUGUAUUUUUUUUUAAGUCAUUGUCCAUUUGUAUUGACAUGCCUCUGUUUCUAGUUCCAGUUUGGAGAUUUUAUAAAGUUACAACAAUGA